AGCAGUUGCCAUGGGGUGCAGAGUCUUGCCAGGAGGUUCAUUUCAUACCUCCCUGGGCUCUGCACAGGAGCCUCCUCACACUCCUUCCUGUACUCGCAAGUCUGGCACAUCAUGUGUCUCAUGCAGGAAACCAGCAGCUGCAGCUUUGGCCAGCCUGAGAAAUGAAACCCACAGAUUGGAGAAGCCCAGAACCAGGCUCUCCCUUCCCCACUGAGCAAUCCUCACUGGGGGGCCACACAGCUCACAGUGAGGGCUCUGGAGAUGGUCGCCAGGGGUUACGGGACUGGGAACACAGCGCUGCUCACCCUGCUGGGCUGGCUCGGGGGUUUGACCAUUUCAGAGCAAGCUCAGCUCCGACUGGUGAAUGGCUCGAGUCACUGUGCUGGGAGAGUCGAGGUGCUUCACAACCAGCAGUGGGGAAGCGUGUGUGAUGUUGACUGGGACCUAAACGAUGCUGGAGUUGUGUGCAGGCAGCUGGGUUGUGGGACGGCAUUGUUAGCCCCAGAGGGGGCUGAGUUUGGAGAAGGGUCUGACCCCAUCUGGCUGGCUGAGGUUAACUGCACAGGGAGAGAAGCUGCCCUCACGGAAUGCUGGAGUGGGCCUUGGGGAGUGCAUGACUGUAGCCACAGAGAAGAUGCCAGUGUUGUGUGCUCAGGGCCUGCUAUGUCCCUUGAAGUCUGGCUUCUCCGCUCUGCCCUGGUUCUGCUCCUGCUGGUGUCUGCCCCGAUCAUCACCUGCAUCCUGAAGAAAGGAGCCCCCACCCUCCCUGAGCCCCUGAGGACUGGCAGUGGCAGCAAGGAACAGCCUGGAGAGGACCCAGCGAUGGGAGAGGAGUCGGUUAUAUACGCCAAUGUCUCAAAUUUUGAGAGCACCCACGGACCUCAGAGAGAGAUGUACUGACUAGGAUGAUGCCAGCAAGAUAGAGCUGCGGGGGAGCCUGGCCUGGAUUGGGGAGAUGGAAGCUUCACCUCCUAGCCUCCAAACGUUCCACCCUCCCUGUCUCUUGCACUAGUGCCUGUGAGGGGCACGUGCUGGACAGCUGUGACUAUCCUUCGGGGUGGGGAGGGCUGUGCUAGCAGCAGAUAUCCUGACUGUCGUUUAAUGGCAGGGCAUGUUCUGAACAGGACUUAUUUUAAAUAA